UUCUGAAUCUUCAGAUAGGAGGCGCUUUUGAACUGCACCUGGGUCCUGGGUCAGUUCUCCAGUUUUCAGUUCUGGGAAACUUCAAGCAUGGCGUCCUUCAAAGCAAGACCAGCUGGGCUCGAGCUAGACUCAGAUUCAGACGAUGAUUUCUUCUUUUCUUCCUACAAGGAACAGCCACAGCUGUCUCCACCGUCCGGCAGCCUGUCCAUGAGCAGUGACAGUGCCGUCUCCCAUGAUGAAGGGAGCUUCACAUCAGGAGCGCCACCUGCCAAACCACCUCACCAGACAAGCCGGUCUCCCUUCGCCAGACAGAACAAACCGGCUGCCCCGCGGCCGCGGAAUGAGGACGGCCACCCCGUGUCCCCGGAUGACCUGAAGGUGGCUGUGAUGCGGGGUGACCUGAACCGUGUCAAGGAACUGGUUCAAGUUGGCCUGGACCCCGAUGUUGUCCUGUCGUCCAAGUGGACUCCCCUGAUGUAUGCUGUGCAGGGCAGCCACAGGACCAUCCUGGAGUUUCUACUGGAGAAGGGCGCAGAUCCAAACUUUCAUAAAGACCACUACAGUGUGCUGAUGUGUGCCUGCUCCAGUCAGCAGUCAGACCAGGACAUGCUGCCCUGUAUAGACCUGCUGCUGCAGAAGGAGGUGAACGUCAACACUCAUGAUAGAUAUCAUAUGACAGCAGUGAUGUAUGCAGCAAGAGAGGGGAAGGCAGGGGUGGUGCAGAGGCUCAUGGGACAGGGGGCAGAGGUCAACAAGCAGGACUCCAGAGGAUGGACGGCACUGUGCUGGGCCUCUAGCAAGGGCCAUAAGGCUGCAGUUCAGACACUGUUGGCAGGGGGAGCUGAUCCAGAGAAAGCCACCAUUGAUGGGGCGAGACCAGUUGACCUGGCAUCUGCCAGGGGGUUUCAAGAGAUCGUCAACCUUUUAGUAGGUGACAGCAGACCAUCUGAUCCUACAGGCUCUGGGCCUGUGGAGACAAGGCCUGUAGGGGCCAGGCUUGUAAUGACUGGGCCUGUAGUGACUGGGCCUGAAGCAGCAGGGCCUGUUAAUGGUGGGCCUGUCUCCUCUCGGCCUGUGAUGGCCUGGCCCUCGCCUGCUAGAGACACCAGUUCCAUGGUGAAUGGGGUUGGAAAUGGGCCAUCAGGUCCAGCCCUAAUGCUGCAGCAGACUGAUGAGAAGCUGUGCAGCCUGGUACAACAGGCAGGGGACAGCACACGGUCCUACACUCGGUAUGGGGACCUGGAGAUGUUCCUGUAUGGGCUGCAGCUGGGACAUCUGGUGCCUGUCUUUCAGGAACAUGCUGUAACAUUUGCAGACCUUUUGAAGAUCAAGGCCGAAGAACUAGACAAGAUGGGCAUCCGGCAGGUUGGAGUACAGAAGACACUGCUCGCUGCCGUACGGGAUGUUCACAAGAGGGACUGGGAGAAGAGCAGCCUACCACGCCCACAGGGCAAGGCAGGCAUCAGAUGUGACGAGGCAGUUGCAAUGCUGUCCAACAUCACCCGGCAUGUGAGCUACAUCGCCAGCACUGUGGCGUACAUCCAUGAGGAGCUGGACGACAAACCACACCUGAUGGACCCACGGGAGAAUGAGAACUCUGUGCAGUGCUUGAGUGAGCAGACCUCGGAUGUGCUGGAGACUGUGCGGGGCUUACAUGAGGAGCUGAGGAGCCUGAAAACUAGGCUAAUACAGAUGACGAACUCCAGUGACGUGGUGCCUGCAGACUUGGUGUUGGACCCGUACACAGAUCAGCAGGGGUCAGGCACAGUAGGACUGGUGCUGACCCUGGCUGCUGCUGGGGCCCUGGUGGGACUGUACUGCAGGAAGUUCUGGUAGAAACAUCAGAAACACAACAUCAAGGACUUUUGGAGUCUGUUUUACAUUUUGUUAUCACCUUAUGUUAUUUUUUGGUAUUAGCAUAUAGAAGUUUAUUUUUCAGACACAGUUUGAAUAUAUUUAUGUUUGAUCAUCAUCGGUCGAUGUGCUUACACAUGGCGGGGUUAUACCGCCCCUUACUUACAUCAAGUUUGAUACAGAUGUUCAUUGUGCCAAUCAUGUACUAGCACUAUGAUAUGUUGUGAUAUCAAACUAUCACUUCUCAACUUCAGUCGAGUUGUAUACAUGACAUAACUGUUGUCAUACUUGUGGAUAUCGAUAAGUUAAACAUGUAUUUCACAUUUGAUACUACCGCUGCUCAAUUGAGUAAAAAUGUGCCACAGAAUAUGAGAAAUCUUCCAUAUACUGCAAAUGAUCAACUUUUUCAGAUUUGAUGUAUAAUCAGUGAAGUUGCAUU